UGCAAAUAAAUAUUGAACAAUUGUGUUAUCACUUCGUAAUGCAGUAAAUCAUGUUCAGCCUUUAAUUACACCGAUAAUCAAUAACUUUUACAGAUUGUUACUCAUUCAGAGAGAAUUUGUUUAAGGAAUUUGUCUACCCAACUCAAAGACUGCUAUUUUCCGUAGAACAAGUCAGGAUAGUCGACUUUCUUAUCUUCAGUCAGCUUAUCAACUCUACAAACAAUUCAGUAUUCAACGAAUCGCUUCGAAGUGAUUUUUAAGCCAGUUAUCUCAGUCGAAGACAACCCCCUGAGCUGCUCACUCCGACCCCCGGCACCGCUCUAUGAACGCACUCCUCAGGAUGGGCAAGCGACAGAUCUUUCUGAUGUCCUCGUCGGCCGUGCACGGGUACGAGUAUCUGCAGCACGCCGAGUCCGACCUGCGGGCGUAUUUUGGCAAGAACAACGUCAAGAAGGUGCUCUUCAUUCCGUACGCCCUGUCGAACCACGACGCGUACACCGAAAAGGUCGGAACCGUCCUGAAGCGGUGGGGCUUCGACUGCGAGGGCAUCCACCGUCAGUCGGACCCGGUCCAGGCCGUGAACGAGGCCCAAGCGAUCUACAUCGGCGGCGGCAACACCUUCCUCCUGCUCAAGUCCCUGUACGACAACGCACUGGUGGAACCGAUCCGGGACCGUGUCCUGAACGGGUCCGUCCCAUACGUGGGCAGUUCGGCCGGAACGAACGUCGCGACGCGCUCGAUCCAGACGACCAACGACAUGCCGAUCAUCUUCCCGCCGACCUUUGACGCGCUCGCGCUGGUGCCGUUCAACAUCAACCCGCACUAUCUGGACCCGGAGGUGGGCGGAACGCACAAGGGAGAAACGCGCGAGGAACGGAUCGUGCAGUUUCACGAGUUGAACGAAGCGCCGGUGUUGGGGCUGCGCGAGGGAUCGACCCUGCUGGUGGACGGCGAUCGGGCGACGCUCAUUGGUGUUAAUAAGGCGCGCCUGUUUCGACGCGGCCAGGAACCGCAGGAGUUUGAGAGUGGAUCCGAUUUUAGCUUUUUGAUGAAGUAGGAAAGAGGUCUUUUCCUGGUUAUGAAAUUAUGUGGCUUUUGGAUGAAUUAAUUGCGAUAUAAUUGUAAUAUUAAAGAAAUAUAUUGAAAAGUUUAAAAGAA